AUGGGAGAGAUGGCACCACAUGGGCGGUGGCCAGUGAAGGACGCAAUUUUCACAUCAAUUAUUGGAGUCGUCAUGGUGAUGGCCUGCCUAGAGUGGUUUUUAUGGUUGGCAGCGUUUCUAUAUUGUCUGAUCAAAGUGUUUCAGAAAUCAGAACACUGGUCCAUCAAUGUCCUCUGUAUUAUUCUGGGUACGCUUUUUACUCUCCUUCGAAUCGUUUUCCUACCUAUUAUGGUGGUCACACUGCCGCUCCCCCACCAGGUUUCACAAUUUUGGCCUAAAGAGAUGGUCGAAUUUCUCCAGUGGUUUGCUUUUUGGAGUUUCGCCAUUCUUCUUACUGUCCCUUGGCUGUUUUGUGUUUACCAGUUAGUCACAAACCAAUUAGGGCGGACAAAGCGGAUUAAACAGGUCCUGGAUGAUGUGACAGCCCCCAAGGUUGUUAUCGUUAUGCCCUGCUAUCGGGAGGAGCCCGAGAUUCUUAUUAAAGCCGUCAACUCUGUUGUCGAUUGUGACUACCCUGCUACCUGUAUCCAUGUCUUUCUGUCAUUCGAUGGGGAACAAGAGGAUGAGCUGUAUCUCAAUACCAUCGAAAAGCUCGGCAUACCUUUAACAAUGGAGACCUACCCCAGGAGCAUCGACGUUACAUACAAGGAUGCUCGUGUCACCGUCUCCAGGUUUCAGCAUGGAGGAAAGCGCCAUUGCCAAAAGUCUACUUUUCGGCUCAUCGACAAGGUAUACGAAGAGUACCUCAGACGGAACGACAAUCUAUUUAUCCUAUUCAUCGACUCGGAUUGCAUUCUAGACAAAGUCUGCCUGCAGAAUUUUGUCUAUGACAUGGAGCUCAGUCCCGGCAAUACUAGAGACAUGCUGGCCAUGACUGGCGUCAUUACAUCAACAACACGAAAGCAUAGUGUCAUCACACUACUUCAAGAUAUGGAGUAUAUUCAUGGCCAGCUUUUCGAGCGAACGGUCGAGUCCGGCUGUGGUGCUGUGACUUGUCUGCCAGGCGCGUUGACAAUGCUCCGAUUUUCUGCCUUCCGCAGGAUGGCAAAAUACUAUUUCGCAGACAAUUCUGAAGCAUGCGAAGAUCUAUUUGAUUUUGCUAAAUGUCACCUUGGAGAGGACCGCUGGCUCACGCACCUCUUCAUGAUCGGUGCCAAGAAACGUUAUCAAAUCCAGAUGUGCACUUCAGCAUUCUGCAAAACUGAAGCUGUCCAGACGUGUCGAUCCCUGAUUAAGCAGCGGCGUCGAUGGUUCCUGGGGUUCAUCACCAAUGAGGUUUGCAUGCUUACUGACUGGAGACUAUGGAAACGGUAUCCUAUCCUAAUUGCCGUUCGCCUCAUGCAGAAUACGAUUCGCACUACGGCUCUCUUGUUCUUUAUCAUGGUGGUUGCUCUGAUGACAACAACGAAGAAGAUUGAUGACUUACCAGUCGGGUUCAUCGCUAUUUCUCUCGGGCUAAAUUGGCUUCUUAUGAUAUACUUCGGAGCUAAACUGAGAAGGUUUAAAAUAUUCUUAUACCCCCUAAUGUUCAUCCUGAACCCUUUCUUCAGUUGGUAUUACAUAGUGUACGGGAUUUUCACAGCCGGGCGAAGAACUUGGGGCGGCCCACGAGCCGAUGCAGCCGCUGCCGAUUCGAACACCACCGUUAGAGAGGCAAUUGAGCAAGCAGAACAACAAGGAGACGACUUGAAUAUAGUUCCGGAGACCUUCAAGAAUGCUCGUGUUACGAGGUCGGACGACGAGAAGACUAAGCAUCUUGUCCGAAAAGGGAGCGUGGUAAGACCACCAAAGGAUGUCGACGGAAAGUUUGUCGCUCGGAGAAGGACACCAGCAGGUUUAUACACAGAUAUAAACCUAGAUGAGGAAGAGGCGCUCGAAACUGUUGCCACCCAUGCAGAGGCGACAGUCGAUGACGCAAGCCCACGUCUUCAAAGAGAAGAUCACCUUGUGUACAUGCCAAGAGGGAUAGAAGCUUUGAUGAGAGACGAAGACCGUCGGAAGUAUAUGAUUGCUCAGAAGGCCAGACAGGCGAGACAGGAACAGGAAGAACUGAGGAACCGACAUCCUGACAUAUGGGGUUCGAGGCUUGAGAUGGCCCAAUUCAACACUCGGCCGCAUCCAUCGGGAUCUUCCUCCAACAGCAGAAACCACCGAUAUGCAAGAAUAAUAGGUGAAAAUGGUACUGAUGCAUCAUCCCCGGCAACUUCAGGAGGGGAAGAAACCUAG